AUUGAAAUCAACGAGGCUUCCUGCGAAUUAAAUCUUUGUAAUUACAACCACUUCUUCUAAGAACUUUAUUACCUGAAGAUGUGCGUUUCGUGUGCAUGGAAGGCAGUUGUUUUAUUUUUCUUUGUAUCAACAAUCUCAGCAGUCAAAUGGCCAGCAGGGACAUACACUCUAAUCAAACCAGAUACUGGAUGUCCAUCGAAUUGGCUGGAGGGAUGGCGAUUUCAGGACAAUGAAAACGAUAACAAUAAAAACAGGAUAGAUCGUGAACAUCACUUCUUUGGUAUCACUGAGCAGAAACCCAGCAAUUUCAAUUUCUCCUACUGCACGAAGGCUCCAAUCAAUCUUGGCAGCGAGGGAAAUUGGCCUCCCGGAAGUUAUUGUAUCAUUAGGCACGGAAACACAUGCCCGGGAGGUUUCGAGAAUGGAAGCAUUUUUUGGGAUGACGAAAACGACAAUAACAACAACAGCGUUGGCGGAGUAUUACCAAGCGGACAAUACGGCAAUGACACGAUGAUUAACUACUGCUGCAGGAGAGAUGGUAAAUUCAAUUCACCAAUCCAGCUUCCCACGACUCAGCCAUUCCAUCUGCUCAAAUUUGUCUACCCUUGUCAGAUGGUCAAAGGAACAAACGUAAAGGAAAUAAGAAUAGAUUUUGACGACGAAAAUGACCAUAAUAAAGACCACGCGUAUGGAAUGCACCCGUUUGGACCGUAUCCCGGGAAAGAGGAUAACUUGCUCGUCUAUUGUUAUUAUAGCCCAACUAAAUAAAAUUGAUGUCAAUCCA